CCGCCAUCAGAAGAGUCUUCUUCGUAGCAAUUCUUUAUCACGAAUUCUGUAGUUACCUAAAAAACUUUCCUAGAAAAUGUCUGGGCGUGGAAAGGGAGGCAAGGGAUUGGGUAAGGGAGGAGCCAAGAGGCAUCGUAAGGUCCUCAGAGACAACAUCCAGGGCAUUACCAAGCCUGCCAUUCGUCGACUGGCUCGCAGAGGAGGUGUGAAGCGGAUCAGUGGUCUGAUUUAUGAGGAAACCAGAGGCGUUCUCAAGAUCUUCUUGGAGAACGUGAUUCGAGAUGCUGUGACAUAUACUGAGCAUGCCAGGAGAAAGACCGUGACUGCCAUGGAUGUGGUCUAUGCUCUUAAAAGGCAAGGAAGGACUCUUUAUGGAUUUGGGGGUUAGGUUUCUAUGCGUUAUUUUGAUGCCAGGGAUCUAGAUGUCUAGAUCUUGUAUUCAAGGUUUUUCUGUUUAAUCUAGAUUGUUCAUCUGUAAUCCCUAAAUUUGAUGUUUCCAUUUGAAGAAAUAUAAUUACAAUUUUAUGAAAAGUUGUCUAUGUUUUGAUUGGCUUUUCA